AGCGAGAUGCCCAGGGGAAGGUGUUCCUGAGGACCACACUAAGUCAGUGUGUGAGGCCAGGCAUCCCCCAGUGCCUAGGGGUCCUGCGCGGGCAGAUGGGCAGCGUGACCUGGGCAUCAUGGGGUCUGCCCACUCUGGCACAGGCAGCAGCACGGGGAAGGCGAGGACGAAGUGUUUAUGGGCCGGAUUAGGCCACUCCAACGCCGGCUCGCAGCCUCUCGGUGUUUUACGACGCUCCGUUAUGGGCUCCUAAUGAGGGUCACAGCCGCUUUAUGGCACCGGCAGCGAUAACACUACAACUAAUUACAGCGCAAUUAGCGUGCGGGCUGCCGGGUACCCAGCAACGCUCCGCGCCCAGCCCGGGCCAGGGCAUCUGCCGGCGGGCACUGCUGCCGGGGCACCCUCGGCAUCCCGGGGCCGGGGUGCUCCCGCUCCCAGCAACUGGGGUGCCAUGGGAGGAAACGGGGGUGGCCUUGUCCCAUCGACCCAUCUGCUGCUCUCCACGCGUGGGGUCUGCCUGGGAGAUGGCACAAGGGAGCAGCCCCGGGUGUUUUUCAGUCACACGCGUUCCCACCCUCCCGGGGAUGGUGCAGCGGUGGGGCCCGAGGGCCGCCUCUCGCUGUUGGGGGGGGGUCGCGGUCGGUGCCGCCUCCCACUGUCCUCUCAGCCCGGCGGCGGGUCGGUUUGCAAAGGAGGCGGCGGAGUGGGGCCGGUCCCCGUCCCCCCCCGCGCCUCCCCAGCGCUCCGGGCGGGGCCACUGUAACUCGAGCGCGCCCCUACAAAGUGCCCGCGCCCCCGCGGCGGCGGCAGAGUGGGGCGGGAGCCAGCCCGGAGCGAGCCCCAGCCCUGCCUGCAGCCGGAGCCAGAGCCGUCCCCGGUCCUGCCGCCAUGGGGCUGCGGUGCGGGGCGCGGCGGCGCUGAGCCCGCUGCCCCCGGACUUUGCCCGGGCCCUCCCCGCGCAGCGCGGGCGGCUCCGCCGCGGGAGUCCGUCACCACCGGGUGGGACCCCCCUCGCCGCGGGGGCCUGGAAGAUGCGGCCCCUCUUACAGGUCGUGGCAGGGCUGCUGCUGGCGGCGGCUGCCCAGGGCAAGGCGAUGGAGCCAGAGCUAUUUGAGAGCCCAUUGCUGGAGUCAGAAGAAGAACAUCUCCUGCUGGACCCGGGCAAUGUGCUGAAGCUGUACUGUGAUGCCAACCAGAGCGGUGCCAGUGUGGUUUGGUACAAGGAGUCUCGGCCUCUUGUCUCGGGAGGUCGCAUCCAUCUCCGGCAGAGUCUGCUGGAGAUCUCGGAGGUCGCCUAUGAGGACUCAGGGCUCUACGUGUGCCGGGCGCGGGGGACUGGGGAGAUCCUGCGCAAUUUCACCAUCUCCGUUGUGGACUCCCUGGCAUCAGGUGAUGAUGAUGAAGAUAGUGAUGGCGACAGUCCCCACAGAGACCGAAAUGAGGAGCCCAUCUAUGUGCCCAGAGCUCCUUACUGGACUCACCCACACCGGAUGGACAAGAAGCUGUAUGCGGUCCCCGCGGGGAACACAGUGAAGUUCCGCUGCCCGGCCUCGGGCAGCCCCAGCCCCAGCAUACGCUGGUUCAAGAAUGGGCGCGAGUUCCGGGGGGAGCACCGCAUUGGGGGCAUCCGGCUCCGGCAUCAGCAUUGGAGCCUGGUGAUGGAGAGUGUGGUGCCCUCUGACCGCGGCAACUACACUUGCCUGGUGGAAAACAGGUUUGGCAGCAUCCGCUACAGCUACCUCCUGGAUGUGCUGGAGAGGUCCCCGCACAGGCCCAUCUUGCAGGCUGGGCUGCCUGCCAACACCACGGCCCUUGUGGGCAGUGAUGUGGAGUUCUUCUGCAAGGUCUACAGCGACGCCCAGCCCCACAUCCAGUGGCUGAAGCACAUUGAGGUGAACGGCAGCAACUACGGUCCUGAUGGGGUCCCCUACGUGCAAGUGCUCAAGACUGCAGACAUCAACAGCUCUGAAGUGGAGGUGCUGUACCUGCGCAAUGUCUCCGUGGAGGAUGCUGGCGAGUACACCUGCCUGGCAGGGAACUCCAUUGGCCUCUCCUACCAGUCUGCCUGGCUCACCGUCCUGCCAGAGGAGGAGCUGGUGCGGGAAGCUGAAGCCCCUGAGGCCAAGUACACGGACAUCAUCAUCUACACCUCAGGCUCUCUGGCCGUGGCCAUGGCCAUCAUCAUCAUGGUGCUCUGCCGGAUGCAGACUCAGUCGAGCAAGCAGCACCUGGAGCCCAUGGCGGUCCACAAGCUCUCCAAAUUCCCACUCAUCCGACAGUUCUCCCUGGACUCCAGCUCCUCCGGGAAGUCCAGCACAUCCCUGAUGCGCGUCACCCGUCUCUCCUCCAGCUGUGCCCCAAUGCUGGCUGGUGUCAUGGAGCUGGACCUGCCCCUUGAUGUCAAGUGGGAGUUCCCCCGAGACAAGCUGGUGCUGGGGAAGCCCCUGGGGGAAGGUUGCUUUGGCCAGGUGGUGCGGGCAGAGGCUUACGGGAUCGACAGAGACCGGCCAGACAGAGCUGUCACCGUAGCUGUCAAAAUGCUGAAAGACAAUGCCACUGACAAGGACCUGGCUGACCUCAUAUCCGAGAUGGAGAUGAUGAAGCUCAUGGACAAACACAAGAACAUCAUCAACCUCCUGGGAGUCUGCACACAGGAUGGGCCGCUGUACGUGAUUGUGGAGUUUGCUGCGAAGGGCAACCUGCGUGAGUACCUCCGUGCCCGCCGCCCCCCGACACCCGACUACGCUUUCGACGUCACAGCAAUGCCUGAGGAGCAGCUCUCCUUCAAGGAUCUGGUCUCCUGCGUCUACCAGGUGGCCCGUGGCAUGGAGUACCUGGAGUCGAAGCGGUGCAUCCACCGUGACCUGGCCGCCCGCAAUGUGCUGGUGACAGCAGAGAGCGUGAUGAAAAUCGCUGACUUUGGAUUGGCCAGAGACGUCCAUGACAUCGACUACUACAAGAAAACCAGCAACGGUCGCCUGCCAGUGAAGUGGAUGGCACCAGAGGCCCUGUUCGACCGUGUCUACACCCACCAGAGCGAUGUGUGGUCCUUUGGGAUCCUGAUGUGGGAGAUCUUCACACUGGGGGGCUCCCCGUACCCCGGCAUUCCUGUGGAGGAGCUCUUCAAGCUGCUGAAGGAGGGGCACCGCAUGGACCGGCCAUCUAACUGCACCCAUGAGCUGUACAUGCUGAUGCGGGAGUGCUGGCAUGCCGUGCCCUCGCAGCGCCCCACCUUCAAGCAGCUUGUGGAGGGGCUGGACAAGAUACUGGCAGCCGUUUCGGAGGAGUACCUGGACCUCUCCAUGCCUUUUGAGCAGUACUCACCCUCCUGCGAGGACACUGCCAGCUCCUGCUCCUCCGACGACUCCGUCUUCACUCACGACCCUCUGCCGCUGGCUCCCCGCCUCUUCUCCUACCCCAGUGUGAGGACUUAAGGGUGGGCAGGGAAGGGUGAUGCCAAGGCUGCCUCUGCCCUUGCUGGGAGCAGGUCCAGGUUUCUGGCUCUGAAAGCUGCCAGGCUCCCCAGGAGGUUCCCUGCUUUGUUCGGGGUGAGCAGUGGGCAGGCAGGGCCCUGAGCUGCAAUGCUGGGGCAGGGUGUCCCUCUCUCCUGGCUCCAUUUGGGCACUGAGCCAUCAGUCCUGGCUGAGACCUGCCUCGCAUUGUUUGGCAGAGGGAGCUAGAUCCUGUCCAGGCAGGAACUGUGUGGGAUGCCCAUGACAUCGCCCAGGGAGAUGGGCUUUGGCCAGCGCUUUGGUGGAAGUGUCUCUGGGUGGGAGCCCCACUGCUGUCGGCCUCCUGCUGCAUCUGUACAUAGCCACAGAGAUGAAUAUUUAUGUACGUGAAAUAUCAA